GCAGCUGGUCAGCUGGCGCGGAAUUCUUAUUUUGCUUGGUGCCGCGUGCACGCUACAGCGGUCGUUGAUCGAGAUCCAACAACGGAAAGUGCCUCGGCACCUGGAGUCUGAUGCUUACGACUGUAAUUUUUUGCUGCACGCCUAAAUCUGCAAGUCACCUUUGCCAGCUUCAUCUCGUUUUGCAGAAAUUAUCGAUCAAAGUGCUUACUGUACGAAACCGUUCCGUGUGAAAGUCUUAUCUGUUCAGUUGCGUGCAAUGGCCUCGAAGAAGGAUCCCAAGAAGCGCGCCGCUCCAGACGACAGUGCCGACCUCGGCAGCCCGUCCAAAAAACCCGCGGAGGAAUCGCCCAGUCCGUUUGUGUUGGUCAUGGAGAUCCAGAGAAGUCUGGCCUUCGAGAACUUUGGCGAACUGGAAAGCACGCUUCACGGCCAGUCGCCACCGGAUGCGGUUACCCUGCUGGACACAGUCAAUGCGUGUACGGAUUUCGUGCAGCCGGAACGCCUAGCUUCCACCCGGCAUCAUGCGGGAUCCCGGAUUUUUCAGCUGCCGCGAUACGAGUUGCAGUGGCCUGGCGCCGACGAUGUAGUCAUGAUGGAGGGAAUUAACAGGAAGAUGUGCGAGUUAGGAAUACAGGCUUUUGGCGAGCGGUACGAGAAUCGCGGUGUGAAGUUCUACACCCGGGACGGCUUCCCCGAGAACAGCGUCCCGAUCGCGGGCAGCAGCAGUCGCGCGGCGGAUGCGGCGGUGUCGCAUGUGCCCGGCGGUGUGAUUAUGCGGGCUGGGGCGAGUAAGAUCACGGUGCAGGAUCCACCCGCAGCCGUUCAGCACACGCAGACACCCCGCUCGUCGGUAAUCGUUGGAAUGAUUGUUCAGCCUGUGGUGUCGAAUCCGUCAGCUGGAACCGGCGGAGGGGUGCAGGAAUCCGGCGAAGACGACGACAUUGUGCUGGUUUGCCAAGGGGUCAGCGCCAAACCGGCCGGUGAGGCGUCGGACGGAGCGGAGGCCGCGCAGCAGACGGUACAGCGGGAGAAAAAGGCGAAGGGAGUUGGCGGCGGCGUGCAGCAAGCGCACGGAUCGGAAGGGGAGCACAGCGGGGAUGCCGCGGAUCCGAAGGAGGACGCCGACCGUUCCGGACAUUCCGCCAGUGCCGACGCCGGCGUCGGCGCCGGCGCCAGCCAGCCCCCCGCCGUCAGUCAGCAGCGCGAGGAAGUGAAGGAGGUCGCGCCGGGUGAGCGCCGUCGGGCGGAACCGGAGCAGGUCGACCAGGGCCGGGACGCGGAGCGUGCCGAGUUGGCGUCGCUGGCCGUUGAUCUGCGGCGCCUGGAGGCGGACGCCGCUGCCCUGGCUGCGCGUGUCGAGCGUCGGGCGCGGGACCGCCGUGAUUAAUUACAUUUCAGUAUUACUUUUGCGGCGUUUUUCCUUUUGGGCGGUGUUUCUGAUUGUUCUUCCUUGGAGACUGUUUGUUCGGGAUGUGAAAGAAGCAUUUUUGUGCAGCAUUUAUUGCGCCAUUGUUUUUCAUUAAUUUUUAUGGCAUUUUGUACGGGAUUAGUAUCGUAUCGUAUAUUUUCUCUGCAGUUUAUUAAUUUUUUGGUCGUACUGCUCGUUGCACGGGGAGAAAGUACCGUACAAAUAAAUGCAAAUUA